AUGCCGGCCACAACAUCGCUCGAGCAUGACCAAGCCCUUGGCUGCAAGGCAGCCCAGAAGGUAGCGUCCCAACUUGACAUUAUCGAUGUGCGGCGAGCUGCCGUCGAAGUCAAUCUGAAGGACGACAUUCUGUCCAUGUGGAACCCCAAAGACGGCCCCAGGAAGCUGCCGACGUUGCUCCUCUACAACGAGAAGGGUCUGCAGCUGUUCGAGGAUAUCACGUAUCUGGAGGAAUACUACCUAACCAAUAAUGAGAUCGAAGCUCUCACACAGUACUCUAAGCAGAUUGCUGAGAUGAUACCCUCUGAUGCUAUGGUCAUAGAGCUGGGCAGUGGUAACCUGCGUAAGGUCUGCCUACUGUUGCAGGCAUUCGAAAAUGCCGGCAAGAACAUUGACUAUUAUGCGCUCGAUCUGUCUCGAGAAGAACUGGAGCGAACACUAGGCCAGGUGCCAGCGUUUCAACACGUAAAAUGCCACGGAUUGUGGGGUACUUAUGACGAUGGCCGUGAGUGGCUCAAGUCACCCUCACUCGCCUCGAGGUCCAAGUGCAUCCUCAGCUUGGGCUCAAGCAUCGGAAACUUUGAUCAAGCCGAUGCUGCCGAUUUCCUCAGGAGUUUCGGCGACAUUCUCCAACCGUCAGACACCAUGCUCAUUGGUUUGGACGGAUGUGAAGAUGCGGCCAAGGUCUAG